AUGGCGGAGGGGCCCUGGCUGUUAAACCGCGUCCCUGCCAAGGUGGCAAUUACUCCCCUUGCUGUCGGGGCGUUUGAUGACAUCGACCUGCCCUCGGCAGUGAAAUACCUGAUAGCCAGCGACCCCAACCUGCAGGUCCUGGGCGCUGCCUAUCUCCAGCACAAAUGCUACAGCGACAGCAACGCCAAGAAGCAGGCCCGCAGCCUCCAGGCCAUGCCCAAGCUGGUGAAGCUGUUCAACAGCCCCAACCAGGAGGUGCAGCGCCAUGCCACGGGUGCCAUGCGCAACCUCAUCUACGACAACGCCGAGAACAAGCUGGCGCUGGUGGAGGAGAAUGGCAUCUACGAGCUCAUGCGGACCCUGCGGGAGCCUGACGACGAGCUCCGCAAGAAUGUCACAGGGAUCCUGUGGAAUCUCUCCUCCAGUGACAACCUGAAGGAUCGCCUGGCCCGGGACACCCUGGAGCAGCUCACGGACCUGGUCCUGGUCCCCCUCUCUGGGCUGGGGGGUUCGGGUGUCAUCCAGCAGAACCCCUCGGAGGCGGAGAUCUUCUACAACUCCACAGGCUUCCUCAGGAAUCUCAGCUCUGCCAGCCAGCAGACUCGGCAGAAGAUGCGUGAGUGCCACGGGCUGGUGGACUCCAUGAUCCACUAUGUGAACAGCUCCCUGGAAGUGGGCAAGUCAGAGGACAAGAGCGUGGAGAACACCGUCUGCGUCCUGCGCAACCUCUCCUACCGCCUGUACGACGAAAUGCCCCCGUCCUCCCUCCAGCGCCUGGAAGGCCACAGGAGGAACAACAGCGGCAUGGUGACGGGGGAGCUGGUGGGCUGCUUCAGCCCCCAGAGCAAGAAAGCACGAGAGCACUACCUGAAUGCGGACAUCGUCACCUUCACCGAGGUCUCCAAGGACCCCAAGGGCAUGGAGUGGCUCUGGAACCCACAGAUUGUGGGCAUCUACAACCGGCUGCUGCAGCGCUGCGAGCUCAACAAGCACACGACGGAGGCGGCCUCGGGCGCCCUGCAGAACAUCACCGCCGGGGACCGCAGGUGGGCGGGCGUGCUGAGCCGGCUGGCCCUGGAGCAGGAGCGCAUCCUGAACCCCGUGCUGGACCGCGUCCGCACCGCUGACCACCACCAACUGCGCUCCCUGACGGGGCUCAUCCGCAACCUGUCCCGCCACGCCCGCAACAAGGACGAGAUGUCGACCAAGGUGGUCAGCCACUUGGUCGAGAAGCUGCCGGGGAGCGUCGGGGACAAGGCGCCGCCCGCUGACGUCAUCGUGAACAUCAUCGCGGUCCUCAACAACCUGGUGGUGGAGAGCCCCAUGGCCGCUCGUGACAUCGUUUACUUUGAUGGUCUAAGGAAGCUCUUCUACAUCAAGAAGAGAAGGGACAGCUCGGACAACGAGAAGUCCUCCAGAGCAGCAGCCAGCCUUCUGGGCAACAUGUGGCAAUACACCAAGCUCCACCGGGACUUCAAGAUGAAGGGGUACCGGAAGGAGGACUUCCUCGCGUCUCCCCGCAGGGUGGGGAGGUGCCCUUGGUGCCCGGCGUGGCUGGCACAGGUGGGGCAGUGGGUCCAAAGCUCUCCCCGCCGCGGCGGCGGUCAGGCCGGGGUGUGCGGGUAG